UAAAGCGCUGAGGGGUAAACUUGGCUCUUCUUCUGUGGUUGGUGUGUUUCUUCACCUUGAUGGAAGCGCGUGUGAUGAUAAUAAUAAUAUAACUGAGAAUCUGAUCAUAUUUCUAAUUUUCAGGAGAAGCGCGAGGCUCAGAUAUGGCAAAGUACCUGGCCCAGAUUAUAGUGGUGGGUGCGCAGGUGGUGGGCCGGGCAUUUGCGAGAGCUUUACGUCAGGAAUUUGCAGCGAGUCAGGCUGCAGCAGAAGCCCGAGGGAAGGCGGGGGCGCAGUCGGCCGCAGCGUCCAGCUUCACCGGGAUGACCGUCCAGGAAGCCCAGCAGAUCCUGAACAUCUCCACGCUGACCCCGGAGGAGAUCCAGAAGAAUUACGAGCACUUAUUUAAAGUGAACGACAAAGAAGUGGGAGGCUCGUUCUAUCUGCAGUCCAAGGUUGUGAGGGCAAAGGAGCGAUUGGACGAAGAGCUUCAAAUUCAGAAGAACGAUCCACCACAGCAAAAACAGCAGGAACACACCUGAGUCUCACCUCUCGCCUCUUAUUUUCUGUUUUUUCCCCCAAAUGUAAAUAUUCUGCUGGUUUCAAUAAAGUCUAAUCUGUUUAUUCAUGGUGUAAAACAAA